UUUUGUGAUUCCAAACAAACCGGCUGAAAAUCGAAUAAAGCAAUGGGUGUCACUGUGCUGCUGCCAUAUCAAAUACCGGAAGGCAAAACUGGCGCACAAGCCAUUGACUAUCUUACUAAGCGCCUAUUGGCGUUGGGGGCUAUACAUACCGGCCAAUUCUUGGUCGAUUGUGAAACAUAUAUAUCCACGCCACAACAUGGACCAGCCAAAACUGUUCAUGUACUUCACGACUCGGAAUAUCCAGCUUCAACAUUCUCCAUACUAGACAACGGCGCAGGUAAACAAAUACCACUUGUGGCAGACAACCUCUUCGAUUUGCUUAUGUUAAAAAUGACUACUGUGUACACGUCCAAAAAACAAACAAAAAUUGAAUCUAAAGGUGCACGUUUCGAAUAUGGUGAUUUUCUAAUAAAGUUAGGUUCAGUGACAAUGCAGGAAAACUUUAAAGGCAUACUUAUCGAAAUCGAAUAUCGCCCCUGUGUGGUGCUCUCAUUUUGCUGGGAAAUGAUACGUGAAACAUUACAAGGUUUCCUUGGCAUGCCAAUAGCUAAAGAGUAUCCAGCAUAUUUUUCACAACAAAUCAUGAACCCCAUGGGACAACAACAAAUACAUCCGAAACAAAAUGAUCUAUAUGAACCAAUCGAUACGAUUAAUCAAUAUCUGGAAUGUUUCACAAAUUACCGCAAGCAGAAUGUGUUGCCAGUGGCGAGUAAUGUUGGCGUCGGCGCGGGUGCUGGCGGUGUUGCAGUCACGACGCAAAAUGCAGCGGCUGGUAUGCAGGGUGGCAACCAGCGCAUGAGAAUGUAGGAUUAAAGGAUCGGCGGGGGUGAUCGCUGAAGUAGAAUUAACGUUUUAAUUUAUGAAAAAGGUCUAUAUGUUAUAAAAAUAAGCUGUAGCGUAAAUAUUUUUGUAUUGGUAAUAAGAAAAUUUUCAAAAUUAAUAUUCAACUAUCAGUUGUCUCAGUUUUUGGUGCGAGAAAAGAAGAGUAAUAAGAAUAAAUUUUCGGAUGCUUCCAUUAAAUAAUAAAAAUGCCACUGAGGAGCAUUGAUAUGCAAUAUAUUGGAUGAGUGCAUAAGUUCGUGCCCGAUUUCAAGU